CGCUUCUAUUUCCCGCUGUAGGCUAGAGAAUUGGGGGCGGUUCUCGCGAGCUUAUCUAUCCCGAAGCUCGGGGACCGCGUCGCCUAUAGGUACCUAGGCACCGGUUGACCAUGAUGCGUACGGUAGGUAUAUAACCUGAAAUACCCUAUCGUGAGUCCUCUUGGACUGCGGAAUCCGACCUCGCCUACAGGUCGUACCUACAUAGUCCUGUACUUGCGUCGUCAUGUCUGUGCAGUCCCCCGUAACGACGCGGAAGGCCGCCCCGGGCCCCGCGAGAAAGAAAAAGGAUUAUGAUAUCGUGCAACAGGGGAUCAAGGAACUCUAUCCGCUCGAUAAACCGAAUAUAGAGCCUGAGAUUGACAUCGUCUUCGUGCCCGGCCUUGGGGCUCAUCCGGAGGAUAGCUGGAAGUCAGAGAACACCAGCUUCAACUGGACCACGGAAGGUCUGGUCAGAGAUUUCCCACGAGCGAGAAUUUUGCUGUAUAUGUACGAGUCGGCAUGGACGGGUUCACUCAAGGUAAAGCAGUUCAUGGCAAAUAUUGCCAUGACUUUGCUCAACGGUCUGAGGAGUAAAAGAGAGGGUCGGGCACAACGACGGCCAAUAGUCUUCAUCGGCCACAGCAUGGGAGGUCUGGUUAUCGCGAAAGCCAUUACCAUAGCCGACUCGCGGCGAGACAGGUUCCCCAUCAUGUUCGAAGCUAUUGCGGCGGCCAUCUUCUUCGGGACACCCUUCAACGGAGCCCCGGUCGCUUCUGCUGCCGCGAUGUAUGCGCACUUGGCCGAGAAGGUCGGCGCUGCCUCCUCCUCCAAGUUGCUGGACUUGAUGAAGCCUGGGGACGAGAGUCUCCGGGAGUUGAAGCAUGAAUUCAUGCGCUUGGCCGGGAAGGUCAGCCCCAGAAUCGAGUUGUUCUGUUUCUUCGAGGAACAGCCUACCGAUUUCUCCAAAAUAGCUGGCUUGCCUAAUCUGUUUGGCUUGAGCAAGGCACUGAUACCGAAGGAGUACGCUGAAUUCGUGAGUCGUGACUCCGCAACGCUACCUGGCGUCGAGGAACAGGGUCUGGCCUGUAACCAUCGAAAUCUCGUCAAAUUCGACGGACCGAAGGACGAUCGCUGGAAUCAAUUCGUUAGGGAUCAACUUAAGGAGUUCAUUCACCGGGCACCGUUAACCGUCAAAAACCGCCUGAAUUCGGUUCGCGCCAUCGAUCGAUCCAUGAUCAAUAGUAUCAUGGAGGCGCUCGAUAGCGUGCAGGUUCAGAAGAAGCGCAAGGCCCUGGCACAGACAUUCGCGUCGUCCUCGUGGAUCACGAAGGAAGCGGAAUAUACGCAGUGGCUCGGCGAGCCGGAAACAAGUGACGAGGUCCGAACCGGAGAUUGCUUAUGGAUUCGCGGACCGGAGGGCAGAGGCAAGACCAGCGCGUCGCUGGCUGCUGUUAACGAGAUCGAAACCCUAAUUAGAACCCAGGAGGAAAAGAAUACAAGUCAGGGGCCCAUCCUGCUCGCCUAUUUCUUCUGCGAUUCAGCAACAGAUUACUCGACCGCGGAGGACAUACUCAAGAGUCUUAUCACACAAUUAAUCAACAAGCAGGAAACGCUCGCCUCUUAUGCCAAGUCGUUUGCUAAGAAAAAUGAAAGCGACAGGUCUCAAGCACGGGUGACGGUAGAAAACUUGUGGCAGACACUUCAGGACAUGCUCGCGGACGAGUUCAUUGGUAGCAAGAUUAUCUUCGUCUUGAAUAACCUGCACGUACUUCCCGAAGAUUCGGACUCGACUAUAAAGCUCCUUAAUUACCUGCAAUUCGAGCUCCAGUCCCUAAACACAGCAGAUACGAAGCGAGUCCCGACGAGAUGGAUGAUUACCAGCAGGGCGGCCCAUAAUAUCGAGGAAGCACUCAAGGUUGACGGCGUCCGUCUUGUCGAUCUCGACGAUGACGAGAAGUACGGAAAUCAGGUUCAGAUGGCGCUGCGUAAAAGGGCUAAAGAGCGAGUCACCACGCUUGAGAAGGAAAAGAACUACAACAAAGCGCUCGCCUAUUUUGCAAGUAGCCUGAUCGGGAAGCGAGCUCAGAACACGCAAUGGAUCGACAUUACCUGCGUUCAACUGCAGGAGCUCCCGCAUGCCGAGAGUGACCUCAAGGUGCGGCGGGUUCUCGAGAGAAUGCCGCAGGAUCUCACGACGCUGCUAAACAACUCUUGGCUCCAGGUCUUCAAGGCCAACGAGGCAGACGCCGAGAAGAUCAAGGAGAUGCUGCGCGCACUCGUCCUCACGUAUGAAGAUCCUACGGAGGUGGAGUUGGGAAUUCUCGCUGGGUUCCGCUCGAAUGAUGACGAGAAGGCAGAACUCCGCAGGUUCAUCGAGAAGUGCAAGCCGCUCCUCAUUUUCAAACGGGCUAGCAACACCAUCUCCUUCAUGAACGUGGUGGUCAAGACACAUCUCCUCGAAAACGCCAAGCAACUUCUCGGCAUGUCGGCCGAGGAGAAGAAGUGGCAGCAUGGCGUCCUCGCCCUCCGAUCCUUUUCUCACGUGAAUGAUAGGUUCAAUUUCCCCCCUCUAGAGAAGGCUAUUGGUGAAUUUGAGGACCUGGCCACCCCCGAGCAGGGCGGCCAAGACGAAAAUGAGGACGAAGCGGCAAGCAUGAUUUCGGACGAAGACGGUGGUGAUGACGACGACGAAGACGAGGACGACGAGGACGAUUAUGACGACGAAAGCGAAACAGAUGUAGACAGUGAAGAAGAGCAAGAUCCAGAAGCCGACAUCCUCCGCGACCGAGCUGAGGCCUAUACGGUAAAAUAUUGGCUCCGUCAUGCUAGCAAGGCUACGCGGGAGAUUGCCGAAGACCUAAGUCAGGAGGAAGACUUCUGGGGGCCUGAGUCUCUCAUCCGACACCGCUGGCUUGUGGAAUAUUUCCGCAUGACCAGUGUAUUCGACGGCUUCAGCACCAAGUCGUUUACCGGUUUGCACGUUGCUGCCUCGGUUGGGUUCAGGGAGCUGGUCGCCGCGCUGAUUCGAAACGGGUACGAGAACCAGAUCAUGAUGCACGACGAAAUGGUCAACUCGCCGCUGCACUUCGCUGCCUAUUUUGGACGCCCUAAGAUCGUCGAGGAGUUACUUGAUAGAGGUGCCGUGAUUGACGACGGAGAUGAGAUACAAGAACAGACGCCUUUACACAUGGCUGCUUUCGGAGGCCACGUCGAAGUGAUGAAGAAGCUCCUCUUAAGAGGAGCGAAUGCCAACGCGACCUCCAACGACAUCGGCCCAGUUGUGAACGCAGCGAUCACGUCAGGCAACCGAGCCGCUGUCGAGUUGCUUGUCGAGCACGGUGUCUCUUUGACGAUAGACCGGGAGGACCUCACGGCUCCGUUGGCGUUGUCCGCCUUAUUAUCCGACAUCUCAAUGUUUGAGUAUCUGGUCGAGAAGUAUGCUGCUAUACUACCUCCGGAAGAGUACAGCAAGGCUUUAGUCAAGGCAGCAGAGGCAGGCCGAGUCGAUGUGUUCAAGAGGUUGUUAGAUUUCGAACACGCCGAGGAGUACUUCCAAGACGCCCUCGAUACAGCUGGUAGCGAGUGGAACUGGGACAUCGUCGUGAUCAUCUUGGAGAAACGCGCCGGACUCAACUGCGACGAAGUCUUCUACGAAGCAGCGACAGGCACCGAGGACCAAGAUAGCCUCCUCGAGGUGAUCUGGCGGUACGCGGAUGGGUCGAUUAGUAAAGAGAAACUCGACGAAUCUCUAUAUGAAGCCACCGACACAGAAAAGGAGUCGACAGUCAAGUUGCUUUUACAGAAAUUCGGAGCAAAUGCCAACGCGACUGGCCUUGAAUACGGCAACGCCUUAACAGCUGCAGCGUAUGAUGGCACGAUCGACAUCGUUCGACUGCUACUCGAAGCCGGCGCAGAUGUAAACGCAGCCGAAGGAUGGGCGCUUCAGACCGCUGCUACAGAGGGUCAUUACGAGGUCGUUCUAGAACUGCUAGAGCACGGGGUCGAUGUCAACGCGAUCGUUGAUGACGAGAACUUUGAGGCAGGGACUGCACUUCAAGGAGCUUGCGAAGCGGGAAGAACGCACAUAGUCUCGCUACUACUCGAUCGCGGCGCUGAUCCCAAUCUCGGAGGAGGUCCCGACGCACCUCCUGUCGUCGCGGCCACGAUACGCGCAGAAGAGGAGAUCCUCGAGUUCCUGGUCAAAGCGAAGGCAGACUUGGACGUGCUCGGUGGUCAAGGCAAUCCGUCUACCCCGCUCAUAAACGCGGCGGCCUAUAUGCCGCAGUCCUCACUCCAGUUGUUGCUCGAUGCCGGGGCAGAUAUAAAUCUUCCAGACGGCGACGGAGACACUGCCCUUAUCGUAGCUGCAUCGAGAGGGGACAAAAAAGCGGUCGAGUUCCUGCUUGAUAGUGGCGCCGACAUCAUGCAUGCAAAUAAAGAGGGAAAAAAUGCUCUUCAAGCAGCGCUUAAGAAGGGUAACUCCAAAUGUCUAGAAGUUCUCGUCGAUCGUGUCUCGGUGUUGUUAGGGACUCUCAAGACUGCUAUGGAAUCUGGCGACACGACAGUUACCAGUAUCGUUCGGGGCGUAUUCAACGGCCAUCAGGCUCUCAACUAUGAUGACGAGACUCCGGUGACUCCAAAGGCUACUGCUAGCCAUACAACAACACCGCCCGUAAAGGCCAUCGAUCGGCAGUCUAACAGCGAUUCUGACCGGAUCACCCCCUCGAUCUACGGCCAGGAUGGACGACUAGACUCUUCUGAUGAUGGAUUAAAUCCAAAUGGACCCCACUCCAUUGAACAGAUUUCCGACGUGCUUAAGUCCGCUAUAGCUAACCAAGCCGCCCUAUGGAACGAGUUCACGAAUAAGCCGUUCUCAACUAUCUCUGCUGUGCCUGAACGUCUCAGCUACGACAGUCAACCAAACGAUAACCUAGAACAAGCCCCUGGGCGCCCUGAACCUGAAGAGCAGAAACGAGUUCAUGGCCCUGAUUCCGAGAUAUCGGCUCCACAGCUUGUCGAAUUACCCCCUCAAGGAGUCGUCAAGAGAAAGCCUGCGCCAAGAGUGUCGUACGAGAGCCAACCUGCACCUAGUCAGCCACCUUCCCCGAAACCACUCGAGCCGUUUUUGGGGUCAUUCCCGGUGCCACCAGCCAGCGUUGUGGCCUACCUGCCGGAAAAAGAAGUUUCUCCUUUUCAGAACGACCAACCGGGCCCGGAAAGGCAACACAGGACCUCGGGAUCCUCGGCUUCGUACCAAAACACCCACACGCACCCGCAGAGUCAGACACCACCGUUGACAGCAUCGCAGCAAGGCACGGCCCAGUACCAUAAUGGUGGCCCGCCAUAUGGAUCAUCGUACUACCAGCCGUCGGCAACAGCACCAGCAUCAGGGGGCCAAUACGCUCCCCAUCAACCGACGUACGCAGCCUACAACCCGAACCCGGCCAGCCAAGUGCCGCCUCGGCCGCCAAAGCAGCAGUUCUACAACCCGGCUAGCUCGGCCUACGCGCACCAGGGUCAGGCGUACCAGCCUCAAGACUGGCAGGGCGGUGGCGGCCCGCCGUCCGGGUCCGGCGACAGCAGCAUUCCCCCCCAGCCGCAGUAUCAGGCGUACAACGCCGGCGUGGCUGCGCCCGACCAACAGCCGCAGCCACAGUACGCGAACGGCGGCGUGUACGACGGCUCCGGGUGGGACCCGCAGCGGCCGCAGCUCAGGGCGCAGCGGUCGUCGUUCUUCAGCGGCGGGGUGCGGACUACCUUGGACAAGGCAAAGACGAUGGGGACAGGCAUGUUCGGCAGGAAGUAGGCGGGCCUACGGAUAGGUUGGUUGGAUAUUAGGUUAGUUCCAGAGACAGGCUGCGCGGUAGGGUUAAAAGCGUUUCCGUAUAUUAUACCUACGAAGCAAUGUAGCAUUAGAAAUAGACCUGUGAUACUCUCACACUCGAAAAACGUUGCUCUCUUUUCUUGCUGUCGGGUACGGGGUGCCCG